AGGUCAGUCGUGCUUAUAAACAUGAACUAGGGUUUUCCUGUGUUCAGCACCACUCUGUACAAGCUCUCUCGCAUUCUCGUCUGAAGGUCCAACCUCCGACGAAGAGAGCCAUGUCUGUUGCAGUGGAACCAACGGCACCAACGGCACCAACGGUACAAACGGUACCAAUUGAGCCUCACCUUGACGUGAAGCUGUUCAACCGCUGGAGCUUCGAUGAUGUUCAGGUCAGUGACAUUUCACUGGCGGACUAUGUUGGAGUUGUCCCAGCCAAGCAUGCAACUUAUGUACCUCACACUGCCGGGAGGUACUCAGUCAAACGAUUCAGGAAAGCCCAGUGCCCUAUAGUGGAGAGGCUUACAAACUCACUCAUGAUGCAUGGCAGGAACAAUGGGAAGAAACUUAUGGCUGUAAGGAUCAUUAGGCAUGCAAUGGAAAUUAUCCAUUUGCUGACUGAUCAGAAUCCCAUUCAAAUUAUUGUUGACGCUGUUGUUAAUAGUGGUCCACGAGAAGAUGCAACUCGUAUUGGAUCUGCUGGAGUUGUUAGGCGUCAGGCUGUGGAUAUUUCACCUUUGAGACGCGUGAAUCAGGCUAUCUAUCUCCUUACAACUGGUGCUCGUGAAUCUGCUUUUAGAAACAUCAAAACUAUUGCAGAAUGUUUGGCCGACGAACUGAUUAAUGCUGCAAAAGGUUCAUCUAAUAGUUACGCUAUAAAGAAGAAGGAUGAGAUUGAAAGAGUUGCCAAGGCCAACCGUUGAGGGGCUGCCGAAACCUACGAGUAUCUUGUCAUUUGCUGUUCAAAGGAAGCUCCAAAUGAUCUCAAUGUGCGAGUUCCUAUUUUUCAAGAUUUUUAGCUAGUUCUGUUUUGUUUCAUGAAAAAUGGCCGAUGUUUGUUUUUCUCAUAUUUUUUGUUUAAUUUCAAGGAUGUGACCAAGACAAUAUCGAGAAUUAGAAAAAAUAUGAAUGGAAGAACAGUAGCUACAAAUAUUUCUAAAA